AUGUAUGGAUUGACAGACGUUUUAUGGUCCUUCUUCAUGGGAGUUCUUAACUAUCUUUUGAUACGUUUCAUCUGGCGCCGUUUUGUCAAACUGAAUCAGCAUGAUUUUCCUUAUGGGGUUUCGAGGAAUCCUUUAUUCAGUUGGGCUGAUCAUCCAUCACUAAUCAACGAUGCAGUGGAAAAUGGAUCGUCCCAAUUUGCUUUCACGGGCAACACAUCAACGCCAACAAGAUCAACGGUGUUGGUUGGCGAUCAUGGAGUUAAAGAGGCAGAGGAUGAGAUAAUCUGGGAAGUUUUUCAGGGAUCAGUAGAAUUCAUGCAGAAGAUAAGGUUUAAUUCUGUUAUCAUGACAGCUUUGCCUUUGCCAGGCCCUUCCUUGGGAAACAACUCUGCUUUCCCUCAAGAAGCCUAUUUCGAAAUCACAAUACUAAAUUCUCAUAGCGAUGAUGACGAUGAUGAUGAAUCGGAUGGCAAGAUUAAGGAAGGUCAUAGAAUUAACAAGGUUGAAGAGUUGAAGAUGGAAGGUGAAGAAAGUAGCAAAAGAGAUGAAGCAGUGAAGCUGUCACUGGGGCUCACAACAGGGGGCUCUGCUCCAUCAAAACUUCCCGGCACCUACCCAGGAAGCAUCGGAUUCAAUUCCAACGGUUCUGUCCUUCUUGACGGGAUAAAACUUGUGUUUGAUCCAAGGCAGAAGAAGGUGUUUUUCACAGUAGAUUCACAGCUGCUGCAUGUAGUCCAUUGCAAGUGUGAAGAAUUUGGGACUCAAUUGUACCCAAUUCUAGCAGCAAACACACAGAUUUUGGUUGUGGUUAAUAUGGGACAAAGUCUCUUCAAAUACGGGCCGGCAAAUGCACAGCGGACACCAAAUCCUUGCUUCAUACGCCCUCCUCUAAACUCCCCUGCUGCUGCUAUGGGCCAUGAAGACAGCAGCAAUCUCUUCUCAAUGACAUUUGAUUCCCAGAGCCUUCAUGCAUAUGCAAUCAAAGGCAGCCAGAACAGCACUAAUAAACAGGCAAAAUGUUCUGGCCAUGAAUCUGAGGUGGAAGUACUUGAAAUUGUCUUGGAAGACGGCCGAAGAUCCUAA